UUCUGCGCUAGAAUUGCAUGAUCGCCAUUUUGUGAAAAAUAAGGUGGUAGAGAGGUCCAUCCGCGGAGAAGAGGAGUUAGAGACGCACAUACACCAUAUAUCAAACCAGCUGCUCGAAAACCAGUUAUCUUCCGAAAGGAAAGAGAAUCUUAUCGUAUGUCCGCUAUCCAGAACCUCCAAACUUUCGACCCCUUUGCUGAUGCAACUAAGGGUGAUGAUCGGCUCCCGGCUGGGACAGAAGACUACAUCCAUAUAAGAAUCCAACAGCGGAACGGCAGGAAGACUCUGACCACUGUCCAGGGCAUUGCGGAUGACUAUGACAAGAAGAAACUAGUCAAGGCCUUCAAGAAGAAAUUUGCCUGCAACGGGACUGUGAUUGAGCACCCGGAGUAUGGUGAAGUGAUCCAGUUACAGGGUGACCAGCGUAAGAAUAUCUGCCAGUUCCUUACAGAGAUUGGUUUGGCAAAGGAGGAGCAGUUGAAGGUCCAUGGGUUCUGAAUGCUGAGAAGACCCCUUCCCUCCCUGACUACAAUGCUUGUGUGUUGCAGCCCUUGCACACUUUAUUAGAUAAUGAUGGCUUUUGAAUUAAGACUCUUAAUUUCGCACCCUUGGAGAAGGGCGCGAUCUGAUGCAUACAAGGACAGAUGGCUCAGCGUGAUCAACCUACAAUGCAAGAGGAACAGCAAUUUUUAGUUACCUAUUUCGUGACCUUUGUGUGCUGCUUUUAAAGCACUUAUUCCAUGUUUCCCUUUUUUUGUACAAUUUCAAUAAAAUGAGCAUAUGUCA